CACUGGCGCACACUUUCUCACUCUACUUUGGUCAUGCAAACGGCGGCGAUUCGCCCGAAGCGCCGGUCGCUCGUCAUCGCUUUGCAAGCAUCCUUCAAGGCGUUCGGCAAGUUAAAAUCCAUCAUUGCCGCCGAGCUCAAGCACCUCGCCAAGCACGAAAAGCUAUUGAAUGCAACGUGUGCGUGGAAAUCCGAGCUGCUGCGGCCACCGUCGGCGCCGCGCAUCCGCAUCCAAACCAUGUCAAAAGAGCGCGUCGUCGGCGUCCUCGCUAUCUACUACAUCGUCACGGUCGUCCUCGUCUUCACGAUCGUCCUGGACCGCACCUCGAGCACGUUUGCGACGCCGCCCGUGACGGCUACCUCGUCCGCGCUGCUCGAAGUGUCGCCGACGACGGAGACGAUUAGUCUCGACGUCAUGUCAGGCUCGUUGGCCUACCUCGAUGCGAUCCUUAUGAAUGCCACGACGGGUCUUGGCAACAUAACCAUAUUUGCCUUCCCCGACACGCCGUCGCAGACCCAAGUGAUUCCGUUCGAGAGUCUCAUCUGGUCGCCCAGCAGCAGCCAGUCGAUUGCGUCGUCGCCCUUUCCGAUCGCAUACCGCGUCUUGUACCGGCUCAAGGUGGACCUGUACAGCAGCGUGUACAUCAACGUCUCGAUGAACGAUACAGCUCCCUUCACCGUCCACGCUCGGACGGGGUACACGGCGCUGUACAUGAUGACGAUCGUGAGCUCGCUCGUGACGGUCAUCAACAUCUCGUGUGGAAUCUACUUUCGCAUGCGCAUUCGAGCGGUUGCGAUCCCGGGUCAGACGCUGCCGCAAUGGGACUGGGUCCAGCUGCAUCUUUUGGCACUCUUGCUCUGGAGCUGUGUCCCAUACGAAGUCGCAGUCUACAAGGCCGUCACAGACGGCUUGACCGUCGACGAGACCUUUCGUCAGAUCGCAUUUUGGGUGCGGCUUCUCGGCAAGAACGGGUGUCGGCUCGCGGUGCUGCUCUUCUGCGACGGCAUGGCGACCACCAACCCAAGUCGCACGGUGAGAUUCUACACCAAAAAGGUAAUUGCGGUCGCGGCCCUCACGGUUGUCCAAGGCGCCAGUCAAAUCGCGUCGUCGCCCUCGUUCAUCAUCGCGCUCUUGUACUUGAACACGUGGCUCGAAUUUUUCGUGCAGUGUGUCAUGGUGCUCUGGCUCGCAUACCGCCGAGGGGAGCGCGUGCGUCGCCAGCCGUACCGCAGCGCAACGUUCGAGUACACGACGUACGGCGUCAUCUCGAUCUUGGUCAUUCAGUUUGCGAUCGCGUCGGCCUAUAGUCUUAUUCGCCGCUUGGCGGUUGUCGGCGCGUCGAGUCCGACCGAUUCGAGCACGUCCGUGCCCAACGCACAGCAAGCGCUUACGCUCGCGGGCCUCAUUCGCGAUCAAAUGUUUGCGUGGAUCGUUCUCAUCUGCUACCUCCCAUUGCCGCCAGCGUCGAGCGUUCUGGACGAAACCUCGACGGCGUACUCCCUCACCGAGGCGUCGUCGCCGUCGCCGUUCGUCUUUUGCCUCGAGACAGCGGUGACGAUGCUCAACCUCUCGGUGGCUAGUUACUACACCUCGCACUUGCACCGCCGCCACUCGCCUUCUUCCUGUGGGCACCUCGGCAAAGACAUUCCGGACCUCGACGUCCUCGACUGUACGCUCCUCGCCGCCUUUCACGACGCCCCGACCGACACCAACGGCAUGCUUGUCUACGAAGAGCGCAAGCAGCGCUACGUGCUCGCGUUCCGGGGCACUGGUAGCAUCAAGAACGCCGCGACGGACCUCAAGUCGCGCCAGAUUCGGCUGCCCGGCACGGUCUACGCAUCGGAGAAGAUCCGAAAACGCACCAAGGGUAAAGGCACCCGGCACUUUGUGCAAGUGCACUCGGGCUUUUACCACGCGUACGUGACGCUGGAGCGGUAUCUGCACGCGGCGAUUGGCAAGAUUCCGGACGAGAGCGUCGUCGUCUGCACGGGCCACAGCCUCGGCGGCGCCCUUGCCACGAUCGCUGCCAUGGACUUGGCGCUCAAACGCCCUUCGCUGCGCCUUGCUGUGUACAACUAUGGCAGUCCCCGCGUCGGCAACCACGCAUUCCAGGAGCUCUUCAACGCGACGAUGCCAGCGUUCCGCGUCAUCAACAACGGCGACAUGGUCACGCAGUUCCCCAAGCGAGAUUAUACCAACGUCGAUCGCGACGGCGUCUGCGUCUACAAGCACGUGGGUGUUGAAAUCACGCUGCUCUGCGGCGACGACGCGGUGCGAGGCAUCAUCGUCCGACCAACUGUCGUCGACCGGCUCGUUGUCUUGGCGCACCGCACCAGCCUCGCGAGCCAUAGCCUCGAAAACUAUCGCAACAGCUUCCGAUCGCUCAUGGUCCCUGGCACAGAUCGCCUCAGCGCCACCCUCUCGAGCUGCAAUUCGUCGCGCAGAGCAACCUUUGAGAGCGCGGUCAGCUACAACUCGUCGCGCAGAGCAACCUUAGAGGGCGGCAAAUCGUCGCGCAGAGCAAGCAUCCAGAGCGUGGUCAAUGUCAGGGACCAAGACGAAGAGAAACAGCGCAAGAAAAUGACGGCAAUGCACGACAUCCACCUCGAGCUCUUGAUAAAUGCGACGGAAGAUGCGACCGCUGUGGACCCCAGCGCUGCACACACGACGACUGCUGCCAACACGACCAGAUGCUGGGAAAUAUGAGUUCUUGUAUUCGCGCCAGAGAGCGUGACUCGACCUCACAAGGUCGCUGCCACAAAGAUCCUGCCGUCAAGUCCUACAUGGCGGGCG